GAGAUCACUUUGAGCACGUACGUUUGGAUAAGAAGAAUUUUAAAAAAUAUCUGAAAUUAAUUCAAAGAGUUAGUGUUUCACUUAUUCUUCAUCGAAAGGAUGACUCUAAAUGAAAGAAGAGUUAUUGUGCUUCUCAGUUUUAUUGUCCUUAUUGUCAUUAAUUAUUCUGAAGCAAAAAAUUCUGAUUGUAAAAAUACAUUUUUGGAAAUUAUGUUAGAACUUUGUCAUGGUUCACGGUUGAAAAGAGAAGUACAUAUUCCAAGGAAAAAAUAUGUUAUGGAAAAACGCUAUAGAAAUAAAAGAGAAUCACUGGCUUACAUUCGAGACAAAUUAAUCACAUUUCAAUUUACAAAACUUCCAAUUGAAACGGGAAUCGACGCUAUUUUCAAUUUAACUGAGGCGGAAACGGAGGAAAUUAUUGGAGAAUAUUUUACGAGAGUUCCGAGAUCAUCUUUCACCAAGCAAGAAUUAAUGGACAAAGUAGCUAAAUGUUGUAGCAAUAUAGAAUACUGUAGAAAAAAUCCACUUCUUGUAUGUAAUAAGACAUAUGAAUCGAAAUAAAAGAA